AAUGUGAUGAAAUGGUUUGGGCCUGCACAGCAGAAACUCAGUGUCCUGGGUUUCACACUCAUACAAGUUAUCAUAUGCAUCCUCUGGCUGACAAUCUCUCCUCCUUUUCCAUUCAAGAAUUUUAAAGAAUUCAAGGACAGAAUUAUAUUACAGUGCGCUCUGGGCUCAGCUGUAGGCUUUUGGGCUGUACUUGGGUACAUAGGACUUCUGGCCAUGUCAUGUUUCAUUCUUGCUUUUCUGGCUCGGAAACUGCCUGAUAAUUUCAAUGAAGCCAAAUUUAUCACCUUCAGCAUGCUGAUAUUCUGUGCAGUAUGGAUCACCUUUAUCCCAGCGUAUGUCAGCUCUCCUGGGAAGUUCAGUGUUGCUGUGGAAAUAUUCGCUAUACUGGCUUCCAGCUUUGGACUGCUGAUUUGUAUUUUUAUUCCAAAAUGUUACAUUAUCUUACUGAAACCAGAAAAAAAUACAAAAAAGAAUAUGAUGGAGAACACCAAAAUCUUUCUGAAAAU